AUGCGGUUCUCUCACCUCUUCCUCCCAGUAGCGGCUGUGGCACCGCUAUGCUCUGCAUUUGUAGUUCCGAAUGAGAAAGUGCUAGGCCAGCUUUGCUUAGAGAAGCAGCAGCCUGAACAAAAUGCUGCAGAGCUGGGUGUUUCUUCUCAUGGUGUGGAUGUCGAGGAGGACGAUAUUGAUACUGAUCUGUUGUGGGCUCUUUCCAUGAUGAAAGAUGAGCAGGACUCCACUUUGGAUGUUGUGGAUUCUUAUUCUUAUAUCACCACCCCGGAAGAGAGGGUGUAUAAUACCCCGGAAGAUGGGGAGGAUGAAGACGAUGGUGAUGAUAGUGACAGCGACGAUGACAGCGACGAUGACAGCGAUGAUAAUGAGGAUGACGGCGACGACGACGACGACGAUGGAGAGCACAGAGCCCCCCACCGCCGUCCUCGUCGUCCCCACCCACAACCACGCCCAAACCCCUGCCCAGGCUCAGCUCUCUGCCCUGCAAAGCUCACAAUCUGGGAACUCCUCAACGAAGACCGCCAAACGGCUCACCUAGCCGACAUCCUCUCGUCAGAUAAAAAGCUCGUCACACUCCUAAACAGCAGCGCAGCGAACUACACAGUCUUUGCACCGACAAACCGCGCCCUCGCCCAUUUGCCGCGCGAAGGGAAAGGAGGCAAAAAGCCAUCGCGCAAGUUCCUGAGCCGAUUACUGCGGUACCAUGUUAUUCCCGGCAGAGUCAGUGUUGAGGAACUUGUUGCUGCUGGACUGCAGACGCUGCCGACACUGUUUAAUGAGUCUGCGCUGGGGAAGAAUUUGCCGCAGAGGCUUGUUGUCUCCAGGGGGUUUGGGGAGGACGUGGUUCUCAAUUGGGGAGGGAGGGUGGUUGUUGGUGAUAUUGCCGCAACAAACGGCCUCAUCCACGCCGUAAACACACCUCUCCUCCCACCCCCACUAACCCUAGCCCAGCUCGAGCUAUCCCCCGAAAAAUUCAGCACAUUCUCAUUCGGCCUCUCCAAAACCGGCCUAAAGAAGAGCCUGGCCAGCCUGGCUAACAAGAAAAAAAAGAGUCACAAAACCGGCCGAGGUGGAACGACCUUCGUGCCUACUAACGAAGCAUUCAAGCGUCUCGGCCGGCGCGCGAAUGCAUUCCUGUUCUCCAAACGGGGGGAACACUGUCUCCGUGCGCUGCUGCAGUAUCACCUUGUGAGCAAUCAGACGCUUUAUUCCGAUGUGUUGUAUACAUCCACCGGUGGGGUUGAGGUGCUGAGUUCCAAGUCGAAAAUGGGGGGCGAUCAGGGGGUGCAUCUUGUUUUGCCGACGAGGUUGGGGAAUCGGACUGUCAGCGUUGAUCUUAAGUAUAGACAGCAUGGGGAUGUUGUCAUGCGGGUGAAUGGGUUUGAGAGGAUUGUGGACUUGGAUCGGAUUGCGAGGGAUGGGGUUGUGCACGUUCUGGAUCGGGUCUUGAUUCCGCCUAAGAUGGUGGGUGGAAAGGAAGUCGAGGCGAGUGAAGAUUCGGGGGAGAUGACUCCUGAGGAGUUGGAGGAGAGGCUGCUGGGAGAGUACGAGGUUGAAGCAGAGCAAAACAGGAUUCAUCCGGAGUUGUGA